CGAGUAUCUGGAGGCUGGAGCUACACUAGAGUGCUGCAUUCAAUAACGGGCUAUUCCACACAAGCAUUGGGUGCCCCGGCACCAUGAGACGGCGUGGGCUUUAGCCUACAAAUCGCUGCCACCAGUGCUGUGAGCCCGAAGCAAGCACAAAAGUGAAGUAACAGACCUUGUUCCAGCCAAAGAAGCGGCAGCGAUUUUGUUUCAUACUUUCAGAGACGGAGAAACUGCAUAAAGAUGGCUAAAAAGGAGGAUGAUCUCGACGUGCUGCUCCCCAACUGGUCAGGAGCAGCUGCACAUGGAUUCAGUAUAAGUGGUGGUGAUGAUGGGAUCUUCAUCAAGGAUGUGGUGCAGAAUUCUCCAGCAGGAAAAAGUGGAGUGAUGAGGGAAGGUGACCAGAUUGUGAGUGCAACUAUCUACUUUGAUGACAUGGGAUAUGAAGAAGCGCAGAAAAUACUACAGACUGUGGAUCGACAUACUGUGGGACUGAAGCUACAUCGAAAAGGAGAAAAGCUUUCUCCUGGGGGAAGUUAUUCUUGGAACCCGGAAUGGAUUGAGGCUACAAGCCCAGAUGCUGUACUGAGUGGAGAUGAUGAAGACUAUCAGAGGAUUUUCAGAACAAAAAUCAAGCCUCGUCUGAAGUCAGAAGAUGGUGCAGAGGCAUCAGAUCAAGGCGACAGAUCUUCCAAUGUACAUAUCACUAGAAAGGUUAUUACACGUACAAUUCAUACUUCUGGUCCCACAGUCGUAACAGACAUGGACAUCCAGAAUCCAGAAUUUAAAAUAAAAGUUCCAAGGUAUGAGCAAGUCACCACUGAGAGAUCAGGACCAAAACUGGAAACGCCAGAGAUGGAUGUAGACGUUGAUCUCCCAGGCACUGAAGGUCUGAAAUUUCAAAUGGGAGACAGCCAGCGGACAACGCAUACGAUGCACAUUGUGAAAACAAAAGUUGUAGAGGUAACUGGACCAGAUACAGAACAUGCCCGGGCUACUUUCCACAUGCCGCAUAUCAAUAUAACAGGAAGAGAAGGAACAGCGCCAACAUCGGAAUUUGAUGUGAAAGGUCAAAUUGUUGAUAUUAACACAAGUGCAGCAAAAACAGUCAUUUCUUCUCCUAAGAUUGAUGGUGAUGUUAAUAUAUAUGGAAAUCGUGAUGAUUUUAAAGGCCCAAAGAUUGAUGUUCAAACGUCGAAAAUGCAGCUUGAUGGUUCAGGAUUCAGUACACAAGAUGGGAAACUAAAUAUCAAAAUGAAGACACCAAACUUCAAUGUUUCAGGUUCUGAUGCAAAGGAAAUUCCAAUUCCCCAAGCAACGAAUAAGUGGACAAAAGUAGAAGGAUCAGAUCUGGACAUCGGUACUAACUUUCCUGAGGCAGACAUCAAGUUAUCUGGACCAAAGAUAACAGGUGGCAUUGAAAUACCUGCAGUAGAUCUGGAUGUAGGUGGGGGUGUUAGUGAAAUCAAAGGUCCUAAAUUUAAAAUGCCAGGAUUCAGUCUUUCAGGACACAAAAUCCAAAGCCCUGAUUUUGAUCUGCAAGCCAAAGGCACAAAAUCCACAGAUGAUGUUGAUGGCCCUGACAUUAAAGUGGAGGGUGGCAUCACAGGCCCUACAUUUAAAAGGCCAGGAUUCAGUAUCUCUGGACCCAAGAUGACAAAGCCUGAUAUUGAUCUGGAGCAGAAGUGUCCAAGAGUGGCAGGUGAUGUUGACACACCUGACAUCAAUCUGACGGGUGACUUCAAAGAUGCAGAAUUGAAUAUCUCAGGUCCCAAGAUCAAAAAACCUGAAUUUGACGUAGAGCUGAAAGGUCCAAAAAUGAGCGGAGAUGUUGAUGCCCCUGAUGUUAAGCUAGAGGGUGAUCUCAAAGGCCCAGGUCUGAAUUUUAAAGGUCCAAAAGUUGAUUUUGGGGGUCCUGAUGUCAAAGAAAGUGGUCUCAAGUUUUCAAUGCCUUCCAUAAGUAUGCCCAGUGUAGGGGUUCCAGGCAUGGAUUUGAAACUUAAAGGCCCAAACAUGAAAGGCGACCAUGAUGUUGUCCUUCCUUCUGCAAAUAUAGAGGGUGAGAUCAAAGGACCCAAGAUAGACGUAGAUGUUCCUGACGCUAAUCUUAAAGGUCCCAGUGGGAAGUUCCAAAUCGGAAAAUUGGAAACUCCCAGCUUCAAAAUGGGUGGACCUCAGGUAGAAGGUCCCAAUCUGAAUAUUGAUGCCAAACUUCCCAAGGGAGAUGUCAGCCUUACUGGACCAGACAUAGAAGGUAGAGUUGAUGUACCAGAUGUAGAUCUAGACAUUAGAGGAGGUAUUGGUAAAAUCAAAGGCUCUAAUUUUAAAAUGCCAGACUUCAGUACUUCAGGUCCCAAAAUCAAAAAACCUGAAUUUGAUGUACGUUUCGGAGGCUCAAAAAUGAGUGGAGAUGUUGAUGUCCCUGAUGUAAAUCUAGAGGGAGAUCUCAAAUGCCCAGAUAUGAAUAUUAAAGGUCCUAAAGUUGAUAUCAAGGGACCUAAUGUCAAAGGAAAGGGCCUCGAGUUUUCAAUGCCUUCGAUCAAUAUGCCCAGUAUAAAUGUUCCAGACAUUGAUUUGAAACUUAAAGGCCCAAACUUGAAAGGUGAUCAUGAUGUUGACCUUCCUUCCGCAAAUAUAGAGGGUGAGAUCAAAGGACCCAUAAUUGAUGUAAAAAGGCCAGAGGCUGACAUUGAAGGUCCCAGAGGAAAGUUCCAGUUACCAAAAUUCAGAUUACCCAACAUUGCAAUGGGAGGACCGAAUGUAGAAGGUCCCGAUCUGAAUAUCAAUGCCAAUCUUCCCAAGGCAGAUAUCAAUCUAAAGGGACCACAGAUACAAGGUGGUGUUGAUGUACCCGAUGUAGAUCUAGACGUUGGAGGAAUUUCUGGAAAAAUCAAAGGCCCUGAAUUUAAAAUGCCAGAAUUGAAUAUAUCAGGUCCCAAGUUCAAAAAACCUGAAUUUCAUGUGGGGUUCAAGGGUCCAAAAAUGAGUGGAGACGUUGAUGUCCCUGACGUUAAUCUAGAGGGCGAUCUCAAAGGGCCUGAUAUGAAUAUUAAAGGUCCCAAAGUUGAUAUCGCGGGACCUGAUGUCAAAGGAAAGGGCCUCGAGUUUUCAAUGCCUUCAAUGAAUAUGCCCAGCAUAAAUGUUCCAGACUUCGAUUUGAAACUUAAAGGCCCAACUGUGAAAGGUGAUCAUGAUAUUGACCUUCCUUCUGCCAGUAUAGAGGGUGAGAUCAAAGGACCCAAGGUAGACGUAGAUGUUCCCGACGCUGAUCUUAAAGGUCCCAGGGGGAUGUUUCAGAUGCCCAAAUUCAAAAUGCCCAAGUUCGGAAUGGGUGGAGCUAAAGUAGAAGGUCCUGAUCUGAAUAUUGAUGCCAAUCUUCCCCAAGCAGAUGUCAGUCUAACUGGACCACAGAUAGAAGGCAGUGUUGAUGUACCUAAUGUAGAUCUAGAUGUUGGAGGUGCAUCUGGUAACAUCAAAGGUCCUAAACUUAAAAUGCCAGAAUUCAGUAUCUCAGGUCCCAAGUUCAAAAAACCUGAUUGGGAUGUACAUCUCAAAGGUCCAAAAAUGAGCGGCGAUGUUGAUGUCCCUGAUGUUAAUCUAGAGGGAGAUCUCAAAGGGCCCGAUGUGAAUAUUAAAGGUCCCAAAGUUGAUAUUGAGGGACCUGAUGUCAAUGGAAAGGGCCUCAAGUUUUCAAUGCCUUCAAUAAAUAUGCCCAGUAUAAAUGUUCCAGACAUUGAUUUGAAACUCAAAGGUCCAAACUUGAAAGGUGACCAUGAUAUUGACCUUCCUUCUGCAAAGAUAGAGGGUGAGAUCAAAGGCCCAAUGGUAGACAUUGAAGUUCCUGACGCUGAUCUUAAAGGUCCCAGGGGGAAGUUUCAGAUGCCCAAAUUCAAAAUGCCCAAGUUUGGAAUGGGUGGAGCUAAAGUAGAAGGUCCCGAUCUGAACAUUGAUGCCAAUCUUCCCGAAGCAGAUGUCAGGCUAACUGGACCACAGAUAGAAGGCAGUGUUGAUGUACCUGAUGUAGAUCUAGAUGUUGGAGGUGCAUCUGGUAACAUCAAAGGCCCUAAACUUAAAAUGCCAGAAUUCAAUAUCUCAGGUCCCAAGUUCAAAAAACCUGAUUGGGAUGUACAUCUCAAAGGUCCAAAAAUGAGCGGAGAUGUUGAUGUCCCUGAUGUUAAUCUACAGGGAGAUCUCAAAGGGCCCGAUGUGAAUAUUAAAGGGCCCAAAGUUGAUAUCGAGGGACCUGAUAUUAAUGGAAAGGGCCUCAAGUUUUCAAUGCCUUCGAUAAAUAUGCCCAGCAUAAAUGUUCCAGACAUUGAUUUGAAACUCAAAGGCCCAAAAUUGAAAGGUGACCAUGAUAUUGAUCUUCCUUCUGCCAAUAUAGAGGGUGAGAUCAAAGGCCCAAAGGUAGACAUAGAAGUUCCUGACGCUGAUCUUAAAGGUCCCAGGGGAAGGUUCCAGAUGCCCAAAUUCAAAAUGCCCAAGUUCGGGAUGGGUGGAGCGAAAGUAGAAGGUCCCGAUCUGAAUAUUGAUGCCAAUCUUCCCGAAGCAGAUGUCAGUCUAACUGGACCACAGAUAGGAGGUGGUGUUAUUGUACCUGAUGUAGAUCUAGAUGUUGGCGGAGGGUCUGGUAACAUCAAAGGCCCUAAAUUUAAAAUGCCAGAAUUCAAUAUCUCAGGUCCCAAGGUCAAAAAACCUGAUUGGGAUGUACAUUUCAAAGGUCCAAAAAUGAGCGGAGAUGUUGAUGUCCCUGAUGUUAAUCUAGAGGGUGAUCUCAAAGGCCCAGAUGUGAAUAUUAAAGGUCCCAAAGUUGAUAUCGAGGGACCUGAUGGCAAAGGAAAGGGCCUUAAGUUUUCAAUGCCUUCCAUAAAUAUGCCCAGUAUAAAUGUUCCGGACUUGGACUUGAAACUCAAAGGCCCAAACCUGAAAGGUGACCAUGAUAUUGACCUUCCUUCUGCGAAUAUAGAGGGUGAGAUCAAAGGACCGAAGGUAGAUGUAGAUGUUCCUGACGCUGAUUUUAAAGGUCCCAGUGGGAAGCUCCACAUGCCCAAAUUCAAAAUGCCCAGUUUCGGGAUGGGUGGAGCUAAAGUAGAAGGUCCCGAUCUGAACAUUGAUGCCAAUCUUCCUGAGACAGAUGUCAGUCUAACUGGACCACAGAUAGAAGGUGGUGUUAAUGUACCUGAUGUAGAUCUGGAUGUUGGAGGAGGUAAAAUCAAAGGCCCUAAAUUUAAAAUGCCAGAAUUCAGUAUCUCAGGUCCCAAGAUCAAAAAACCUGAAUUUGACCUAGAGUUCAAAGGUCCAAAAAUGAGCGGAGAUGUUGAUGUCCCUGAUGUUAAGCUGGAGGGUGAUCUCAAAGGCCCAAAUGUGAAUAUUAAAGGUCCAAACGUUGAUAUCGAGGGGCCUGAUGUCAAAGGAAAGGGCCUCAAGUUUUCAAUGCCUUCGAUCAAUAUGCCCAGUAUAAAUGUUCCAGACUUUGAUUUGAAACUUAAAGGCCCAAAUGUGAAAGGUGACCAUGAUAUUGACCUUCCUUCUGCAAAUAUAGAGGGUGAGAUCAAAGGACCCAAGGUAGACAUAGAUGUUCCUGACGCUGAUCUUAAAGGUCCCAGUGGGAAGUUCCGCAUGCCCAAAUUCAAAAUGCCCAAGUUCGGGAUGGGAGGAGCUAAAGUAGAAGGACCUGAUCUGAAUAUUGAUGCCAAUCUUCCCGAGACAGAUGUCAGUCUAACUGCACCACAGAUAGAAGGUGGUGUUGAAGUACCUGAUGUAGAUUUAGAUAUUGGAGAUGCAUCUGGAAAUAUCAAAGGCCCUAAAUUUAAAAUGCCAGAAUUCAAUAUCUCAGGUCCCAAGUUCAAAAAACCUGAUUGGGAUGUACAUUUCAAAGGUCCAAAAAUGAGCGGAGAUGUUGAUGUCCCUGAUGUUAAUCUAAAGGGCGAUCUCAAAGGCCCAGAUGUCGAUAUUAAAGGUCCCAAAGUUGAUAUCGAGGGACCUGAUGUCAACGGAAAGGGCCUCAAGUUUUCAAUGCCUUCGAUACAUAUGCCCAGCAUAAAUGUUCCAGACAUUGAUUUGAAACUCAAAGGCCCAAACUUGAAAGGUGACCAUGAUAUUGACCUUCCUUCUGCAAAUAUAGAGGGUGAGAUCAAAGGACCAAAGGUAGACAUAGAUGUUCCUGACGCUGAUAUUAAAGGUCCCAGGGGGAAGUUUCAGAUGCCCAAAUUCAAAAUGCCCAAGUUCGGAAUGGGUGGAGCUAAAGUAGAAGGUCCUGAUCUGAAUAUUGAUGCCAAUCUUCCCGAAGCAGAUGUCAGUCUCACUGGACCACAGAUAGAAGGUGGUGUUGAUGUACCUGAUGUAGAUCUAGAUGUUGGAGGUGGAUCUGGUAGCAUCAAAGGCCCUAAAUUUAAAAUGCCAGAAUUCAAUAUCUCAGGUCCCAAGUUCAAAAAACCUGAUUGGGAUGUACAUUUCAAAGGUCCAAAAAUGAGCGGAGAUGUUGAUGUCCCUGAUGUUAAUCUAGAGGGUGAUCUCAAAGGCCCAGAUGUGAAUAUUAAAGGUCCCAAAGUUGAUAUCGAGGGACCUGAUGUCAAGGGAAAGGGUCUCAAGUUUUCAUUGCCUUCGAUCAAUAUGCCCAGCAUAAAUGUUCCAGACUUGGAUUUGAAACUCAAAGGCCCAAACUUGAAAGGUGACCAUGAUAUUGACCUUCCUUCUGCCAAUAUAGAGGGUGAGAUCAAAGGACCAAAGGUAGACGUAGAAGUUCCUGAUGCUGAUCUUAAAGGUCCCAGUGGGAAGCUCCACAUGCCCAAAUUCAAAAUGCCCAGUUUUGGGAUGGGUGGAGCUAAAGUUGAAGGUCCCGAUCUGAAUAUUGAUGCCAAUCUUCCUGAAGCAGAUGUCAGUCUAACUGGACCACAGAUAGAAGGUGGUGUUAAUGUACCUGAUGUAGAUCUAGAUGUUGGCGGAGGGUCUGGUAACAUCAAAGGCCCUAAAUUCAAAAUGCCAGAAUUCAAUAUCUCAGGUCCCAAGAUCAAAAAACCUGAUUGGGAUGUACAUUUCAAAGGUCCAAAAAUGAGCGGAGAUGUUGAUGUCCCUGAUGUUAAUCUAGAGGGUGAUCUCAAAGGCCCAGAUGUGAAUAUUAAAGGUCCCAAAGUUGAUAUCGAGGGACCUGAUGUCAAAGGAAAGGGCCUCAAGUUUUCAAUGCCUUCGAUACAUAUGCCCAGUAUAAAUGUUCCAGACUUUGAUUUGAAACUUAAAGGCCCAAACUUGAAAGGUGACCAUGAUAUUGACCUUCCUUCUGCAAAUAUAGAGGGUGAGAUCAAAGGACCCAAGGUAGACGUAGAUGUUCCUGACGCUGAUAUUAAAGGUCCCAGGGGGAAGUUUCAGAUGCCCAAAUUCAAAAUGCCCAAGUUCGGGAUGGGAGGAGCUAAAGUAGAAGGUCCCGAUCUGAAUAUUGAUGCCAAUCUUCCCGAAGCAGAUGUCAAUCUAACUGGACCACAGAUAGAAGGUGGUGUUAAUGUACCUGAUGUGGAUGUAGAUAUUGGAGGAGGAUCUGGUAACAUCAAAGGCCCUAAAUUUAAAAUGCCAGAAUUCAAUAUCUCAGGUCCCAAGUUCAAAAAACCUGAUUGGGAUGUACAUCUCAAAGGUCCAAGAAUGAGCGGGGAUGUUGAUGUCCCUGAUGUUAAUCUAGAUGGUGAUCUCAAAGGCCCAGAUGUGAAUAUUAAGGGGCCCAAAGUUGAUAUCGAGGGACCUGAUGUCAAAGGAAAGGGCCUCAAGUUUUCAAUGCCUUCGAUCAAUAUGCCUAGUAUAAAUGUUCCAGACAUUGAUUUGAAACUUAAAGGCCCAAACUUGAAAGGUGACCAUGAUAUUGACCUUCCUUCUGCAAAUAUAGAGGGUGAGAUCAAAGGCCCAAAGGUAGACGUAGAUAUUCCUGAUGCUGAUCUUAAAGGUUCCAGGGGGAUGUUCCACAUGCCCAAAUUCAAAAUGCCCAGUUUCGGGAUGGGUGGAGCGAAAGUAGAAGGUCCUGAUCUGAAUAUUGAUGCCAAUCUUCCCGAUGCAGAUGUCAGUCUAACUGGACCACAGAUAGAAGGUGGUGUUAAUGUACCUGAUGUAGAUCUAGACGUUGGAGGAGGUAAGAUCAAAGGCCCUAAAUUUAAAAUGCCAGAAUUCAAUAUCUCAGGUCCCAAGUUCAAAAAACCUGAUUGGGAUGUACAUUUCAAAGGUCCAGAAAUGAGCGGAGAUGUUGAUGUCCCUGAUGUUAAUCUAGAGGGUGAUCUCAAAGGCCCAGAUGUGAAUAUUAAGGGGCCCAAAGUUGAUAUCGAGGGACCUGAUGUCAAAGGAAAGGGCCUCAAGUUUUCAAUGCCUUCGAUCAAUAUGCCCAGUAUAAAUGUUCCAGACUUUGAUUUGAAACUUAAAGGCCCAAACUUGAAAGGUGACCAUGAUGUUGACCUCCCUUCUGCCAAUAUAGAGGGCGAGAUCAAAGGACCGAAGGUAGACGUAGAUGUUCCUGACGCUGAUCUUAAAGGUUCCCGGGGGAUGUUCCACAUGCCCAAAUUCAAAAUGCCCAGUUUCGGGUUGGGUGGAGCUAAAGUAGAAGGUCCCGAUCUAAAUAUUGAUGCCAAUCUUCCCGAUGCAGAUGUCAGUCUAACUGGACCACAGAUAGAAGGUGGUGUUAAUGUACCUGAUGUAGAUCUAGAUGUUGGAGGAGGUAAGAUCAAAGGCCCUAAAUUUAAAAUGCCAGAAUUCAAUAUCUCAGGUCCCAAGGUCAAAAAACCUGAAUUUGAUGUAGAGUUCAAAGGUCCAAAAAUGAGUGGAGAUGUUGAUGUCUCUGAUGUUAAUCUAGAAGGCGAUCUCAAAGGACCCGAUUUGAAUAUUAAAGGUCCCAAAGUUGAUAUCGAGGGACCUGAUGUCAAAGGAAAGGGCCUCAAGUUUUCAAUGCCUUCGAUACAUAUGCCCAGCAUAAAUGUUCCAAACAUUGAUUUGAAACUCAAAGGCCCAAACUUGAAAGGUGACCAUGAUAUUGACCUUCCUUCUGCAAAUAUAGAGGGUGAGAUCAAAGGUCCAAAGAUAGACGUAGAUGUUCCUGACGCUGAUCUUAAAGGUCCCAGGGGAAUGUUCCACAUGCCCAAAUUCAAAAUGCCUAAGUUUGGGAUGGGUGGAGCUAAAGUAGAAGGUCCUGAUUUGAAUAUUGAUGCCAAUCUUCCUGAUGCAGAUGUCAGUCUCACUGGACCAUCGAUAGAAGGUGGUGUUAAUGUACCUGAUGUAGAUCUAGAUGUUGGAGGUGGAUCAGGUAACAUCAAAGGCCCUAAAUUUAAAAUGCCAGAAUUCAAUAUCUCAGGCCCGAAGUUCAAAAAACCUGAUUGGGAUGUACAUUUCAAAGGUCCAAAAAUGAGCGGAGAUGUUGAUGUCCCUGACGUUAAUCUAGAGGGUGAUCUAAAAGGCCCAGAUGUGAAUAUUAAGGGACCCAAAGUUGACAUUGAGGGACCUGAUGGCAAAGGAAAAGGCCUCAAGUUUUCAAUGCCUUCGAUAAAUAUGCCCAGUAUUAAUGUUCCAGACUUUGAUUUGAAACUUAAAGGCCCAAAUGUGAAAGGUGAUCAUGAUAUUGACUUUCCUUCCGCAAAUAUAGAGGGUGAGAUCAAAGGCCCAAAGGUAGACAUAGAUGUUCCUGACGCUGAUCUUAAAGGUCCCAGUGGGAGGCUCCACAUGCCUAAAUUCAAAAUGCCCAAGUUUGGGAUGGGAGGAGCUAAAGUAGAAGGUCCCGAUCUGAAUAUUGAUGCCAAUCUUCCCGAUGCAGAUGUCAGUCUAACUGGACCACAGAUAGAAGGUGGUGUUAAUGUACCUGAUGUAGAUCUAGAUAUUGGAGGAGGUAAAAUCAAAGGACCUAAAUUUAAAAUGCCAGAAUUCAAUAUCUCAGGUCCCAAGAUCAAAAAGCCUGAAUUUGACCUCGAGUUCAAAGGUCCAAAAAUGAGCGGAGAUGUUGAUGUCCCUGAUGUUAAUCUGGAGGGCGAUCUCAAAGGACCCGAUGUGAAUAUUAAAGGUCCCAACGUUGAUAUCGAGGGACCUGAUGUUAAAGGAGGUGGCCUCAAGUUUUCAAUGCCUUCGAUAAAUAUGCCUAGUAUAAAUGUUCCAGACUUUGAUUUGAAACUUAAAGGUCCAAACUUCAAAGGUGACCAUGAUAUUGAACUUCCUUCUGCCAAUAUAGAGGGUGAGAUCAAAGGACCCAAGGUAGACGUAGAUGUUCCUGACGCUGAUCUUAAAGGUCCCAGGGGGAAGUUUCAGAUGCCCAAAUUCAAAAUGCCCAAAUUCGGGAUGGGAGGAGCUAAAGUAGAAGGUCCUGAUCUGAAUAUUGAUGCCAAUCUUCCUGAUGCAGAUGUCAGUCUCACUGGACCACAGAUAGAAGGUGGUGUUAAUGUACCUGAUGUUGAUCUAGAUGUUGGUGGUGGAUCUGGUAACAUCAGAGGCCCUAAAUUUAAAAUGCCUGAACUCAAUAUCUCAGGUCCCAAGAUUAAAAAACCUGAUUGGGAUGUACAUUUCAAAGGUCCAAAAAUGAGUGGAGAUGUUGAUGUCCCUGAUGUUAAUCUGGAGGGCGAUCUCAAAGGCCCAGAUGUGAAUAUUAAAGGACCCAAAGUUGAUAUCGAGGGACCUGAUGUCAAAGGAAAGGGCCUUAAGUUUUCAAUGCCUUCAAUCAAUAUGCCCAGUAUAAAUGUUCCAGACUUUGAUUUGAAACUUAAAGGCCCAAAUGUGAAAGUUGACCAUGAUAUUGACCUUCCUUCUGCCAAUAUAGAGGGCGAUAUCAAAGGCCCAAAGGUAGACAUAGAAGUUCCUGACGCUGAUCUUAAAGGUCCCAGUGGGAAGUUCCGCAUGCCCAAAUUCAAAAUGCCCAAGUUCGGACUCGGUGGAGCUAAAGUGGAAGGUCCCGAUCUAAAUAUUGAUGCCAAUCUUCCCGAUGCAGAUGUCAGUCUAACUGGACCACAGAUAGAAGGCAGUGUUAAUGUACCUGAUGUAGAUCUAGAUGUUGGAGGAGGUAAGAUCAAAGGCCCUAAAUUUAAAAUGCCAGAAUUCAAUAUCUCUGGUCCCAAGAUCAAAAAACCUGAAUUUGAUGUAGAGUUCAAAGGUCCAAAAAUGAGCGGAGAUGUUGAUGUCCCUGACGUUAAUCUAGAGGGUGAUCUCAAAGGACCCGAUGUGAAUAUUAAAGGACCCAAAGUUGAUAUCGAGGGACCUGAUGUCAAAGGAAAGGGCCUCAAGUUUUCAAUGCCUUCGAUCAAUAUGCCCAGUAUAAAUGUUCCAGACUUGGAUCUGAAACUCAAAGGCCCAACUGUGAAAGGUGACGAUGAUAUUGACCUUCCUUCUGCAAAUAUAGAGGGUGAGAUCAAAGGCCCGAAGGUAGAUAUCGAUGUUCCUGAUGCGGAUCUUAAAGGUCCCAGGGGGAGGUUCCAGAUGCCCAAAUUCAAAAUGCCCAAGUUCGGGAUGGGUGGAGCUAAGGUAGAAGGUCCCGAUCUGAAUAUUGAUGCCAAUCUUCCUGAUGCAGAUGUCAGUCUCACUGGACCACAGAUAGAAGGUGGUGUUGAUUUACCUGAUGUUGAUCUAGAUAUUGGAGGAGGAUCUGGUAACAUCAGAGGCCCUAAAUUUAAAAUGCCAGAAUUCAAUAUCUCAGGUCCCAAGUUCAAAAAACCUGAUUGGGAUGUACAUCUCAAAGGUCCAAAAAUGAGCGGGGAUGUUGAUGUCCCUGAUGUUAAUUUAGAGGGUGAACUAAAAGGCCCAGAUGUGAAUAUUAAAGGUCCCAAAGUUGAUAUUGAGGGACCUGAUGUCAAAGGAAAGGGCCUCAAGUUUUCAAUGCCUUCGAUAAAUAUGCCCAGCAUAAAUGUUCCAGACAUUGAUUUGAAACUCAAAGGACCAAACGUGAAAGGUGACCAUGAUAUUGACCUUCCUUCUGCCAAUAUAGAGGGUGAGAUCAAAGGACCAAAGGUAGACAUAGAUGUUCCUGACGCUGAUAUUAAAGGUCCCAGUGGGAAGCUCCACAUGCCCAAAUUCAAAAUGCCCAAGUUCGGGGUGGGUGGAGCCAAAGUAGAAGGUCCUGAUCUGAAUAUUGAUGCCAAUCUUCCCGAAGCAGAUGUCAGUCUAACUGGACCACAGAUAGAAGGCGGUGUUGAUCUACCUGAUGUAGAUCUAGAUGUUGGUGGUGGGGCUGGUAAGAUCAAAGGCCCUAAAUUUAAAAUGCCAGAAUUCAAUAUCUCAGGUCCCAAGAUCAAAAAACCUGAUUGGGAUGUACAUUUCAAAGGUCCAAAAAUGAGCGGGGAUGUUGAUGUCCCUGAUGUUAAUCUAGAGGGUGAUCUCAAAGGCCCAGAUGUGAAUAUUAAAGGACCCAAAAUUGAUAUUGAGGGACCUGAUGGCAAAGGAAAAGGCCUCAAGUUUUCAAUGCCUUCGAUAAAUAUGCCCAGCAUAAAUGUUCCAGACUUUGAUUUGAAACUUAAAGGCCCAGACUUUAAAGGUGACCAUGAUAUUGACCUUCCUUCUGCAAAUAUAGAGGGUGAGAUCAAAGGCCCGAAUGUGGACGUAGAUGUUCCUGACGCUGAUCUUAAAGGUCCCAGUGGGAAGCUCCACAUGCCCAAAUUCAAAAUGCCCAAAUUCGGGAUGGGUGGAGCUAAAGUAGAAGGUCCCGAUCUGAAUAUUGAUGCCAAUCUUCCCGAAGCAGGUGUCAGUCUAACUGGACCACAGAUAGAAGGUGGUGUUAAUGUACCUGAUGUAGAUCUAGAUGUUGGAGGAGGUAAGAUCAGAGGCCCUAAAUUUAAAAUGCCAGAAUUCAAUAUCUCAGGUCCCAAGAUCAAAAAGCCUGAAUUUGACGUAGAAUUCAAAGGUCCAAAAAUGAGCGGAGAUGUUGACGUCCCUGACGUUAAUCUAGAGGGCGAUCUCAAAGGACCCGGCGUGAAUAUUAAAGGACCCAAAGUAGAUAUCGAGGGACCUGAUGUCAAAGGAAAGGGCCUCAAGUUUUCAAUGCCUUCGAUCAAUAUGCCCAGCAUAAAUGUUCCGGACUUGGAUUUGAAACUUAAAGGCCCAAAUGUGAAAGGUGACCAUGAUAUUGACCUUCCUUCUGCAAAUAUAGAGGGUGAGAUCAAAGGACCGAACGUAGAUAUAGAUGUUCCCGACGCUGAUCUUAAAGGUCCCAGUGGGAAGUUCCGCAUGCCCAAAUUCAAAAUGCCCAAGUUCGGUAUGGGUGGAGCUAAAGUAGAAGGUCCCGAUCUGAAUAUUGAUGCCAAUCUUCCUGAUGCAGAUGUCAUUCUAACUGGACCACAGAUAGAAGGUGGUGUUAAUGUACCUGAUGUAGAUCUAGAUGUUGGAGGAGGUAAGAUCAAAGGCCCUAAAUUUAAAAUGCCAGAAUUCAAUAUCUCAGGUCCCAAGAUCAAAAAACCUGAAUUUGACCUAGAAUUUAAAGGUCCAAAAAUGAGCGGAGAUGUUGAUGUCCCCGACGUUAAUCUAGAGGGCGAUCUCAAAGGACCCGACAUGAAUAUUAAAGAUCCCAAAAUUGAUAUUGAGGGGCCUGAUGUCAAAGGAAAGGGCCUCAAGUUUUCAAUGCCAUCCAUAAAUGUGCCAAAAAUAAAGGGUCCGAACUUUGAUUUGAGUCUUAAAAGCCCAGAAAUAAAAGGCGACCAUGAUGUUGACCUUCGUUCUCCAAAUAUAAAGGGUGAGAUUAAAGGUCCCAAGGUGGAUGUAGAUGUUCCUGAGGCUGACCUUAAAGGUCCUGGUGGGAAGUUGCAUAUGCCAAAAUUGAAAAUGCCCAAAUUCGGAAUUGGUGGACCUAAAGUAGAAGGACCAGAUCUGAGUAUGGAUGCCAAUCUUCCUGAAGCAGAUGUCAACCUAACAGGACCAACAAUAGGAGGCGGUGUUGAAAUACCAGAUGUGGAUCUAGAUGUUGAAGGAGGUUCCAGUAAAAUCAAAGGCCCUAAAUUUAAAUUACCUGGAUUCAGUAUUUCUGGACCAAAGAUACCAAAGCCUGGUUUUGACCUGGAGCUCAAAGGUCCAAAACUGUCAGGUGAUGUUGAUGUCCCUGAUGUUAGUCUGGAGGGUGACAUCAAAGGCCCUAAAUUUAAAAAACCUGGGUUCAGUAUCUCUGGACCAAAGAUCCCAAAGCCUGAUUUGGAUCUGGAGCUCAAAGGUCCCAAUCUGUCAGGUGAUGUUGAUGUCCCUGGUGUUCAUAUGGAGGGUGACAUCAAGGGCCAAAAUUUUAACAUUAAAGGUCCCAAAGUAGAUAUAGAGGGACCUGAUGUUAAAGCAAGUAGGCCAAAGUUUUCCAUGCCUUCAAUACAUUUACCACAUAUAACAGCUCCCGACAUUGAUGUGAAUUUCAAGGGCUCCAAAAUAAAGGGUGAUCAGAAUAUUGACAUCUCUUCACCAAGUAUAGAGGGAGAAAUCAAAGGUCCAAAGAUUGAUGUAGAAACUCCAGACGUUGAUUUGGAGGGUGCACAUGGACACUUCAGCAUGCCAAAAAUUAAAAUGCCCACAUUUAAAAUGGGUGGACCUAAAUUAGAAGGACCUAAUCUGGACAUUGAUGCCAACCUUCCCAGGACAGAUGUUAACCUAUCUGGACCAAAUAUAAAAGGUGGGGUUGAAGUUCCUGAGACAGAUGUGGAUGCUGAUGGUAAAAUCAAAGGCCCUGGAUUUCAAAUGCCAGGCAUUAAUAUCUCAUUACCCAAAAUUAAAGCUCCUAAUUUCGAUCUUGGGUUUAAAGGCCCUGAACUGACAGGUGGUGGUGGUGCUGCUGCUGACAUUAAUAUGGAGGGUGAUAUAAAAGGCCCAAAUGUUGAUAUUAAAGGCCCCAAAGUAGAUAUUGAGGGGCCUGACAUAAAGAUUGAGGGCCCUGAUGCAAAAGGAAAUGGGCAGAAGUUUUCACUGCCUUCUUUGGACAUUUCAGCUCCCAAUAUAUCUUCCCCAGACGUGAAUUUUGACUUGAAGGGCCCAAAACUGGAAGGUACAGCUGAUGUUAGAUCUCCAAGUUUUGGUAUUGAUGUGAGUACACCUGAAAUCGAUAGAGAUGGUCAAGGAGCACAUCUGAAAAUGCCAAAAAUGAAGAAACCAAAAUUUGGAUUUGGAAUUAAAGGACCACAAGGAGACAUAACUGCUCCAUCUCUGGAUGUUCCUGGUGCUGAUGUAGAUUUGAAUGUUGAUUCACCAGACUUGAACAUUAGCACCAAGGGAAAAAAGGGCAAAUUUAAAAUGCCUAAAUUCAAUAUCAAAUCGAAGAAACCUGCAGGAGAUGUGAAGGUGACCACUCCAAAGAGUGACCUUGAUUUAUCCAAGCCAGAUGUAGAUAUUAAAUCCCCAGAUCUGAAUGUAAGCCUUGGAUCAUCUGAUGGACAAUUAAACAUCAAGCCAUCAAAAGUAAAGAAACCACGAUUUGGAAAAAUGAAGUUGUCAUUUCCAGAUGUAGAGUUUGAUCUGGCAUCAUCAAAAUUUAAAGGUGAACUACCUAGUCCAAAGAUUGAAGGAGAUUUACGAACACCUAAUAUUGAUGUUCCAACUGCAGAUAUACAAGGUCCACAUGUUGACAUCAGAGCACCAGGAAUAGAUGUCAAUACGGAUGUUGACUUGGAAGGACCUGGUUUCAAAGCCAAAGGCACAAAAUUAAAAUUGCCUUCAGUGAACAUCAAGCCGCCCAAAAUGUCUGAACCAAAUUUGGAUAUUAAUUUAAAGGGCACAAACGUGAAAGGUGAAGUGUCAGGACCAAUGAUUGACAUAAAGAGACCUGAAAUAGAUUUUGAUGUUGAUGCUCCAAAUGUUGACAUUGAUAAACCAGAAGGCAAAUUAAAAAUGAAAAUGAAGAAGCCAAAGUUUAAUAUUUCAGGACCUAAAUUCAAAGGUUCAGGUGUGGACAUUGAUGUUAGUACACCAAAAUUAGAGAGUGGAAUUAAAGGACCCGAAGUUAACAUUGAUGCACCCAGUAUUGAUCUUCAACCCAAGAUCUCUGCUCCAGAUCUACAUUUGAAAGGAUCAGGUCUUAAAGGUGAUAUUAGUCUAUCUGACCCAACAAUGGAAUGUGACAUCAAAGGGCCAAAUAUAAACCUAGAUACAUCAGAUGCAAGUGUAGAUGGAAAGUUGAAAAUGCCUAAACUGAAACUCCCCAGCUUUGGUGGAGACCGCAAAGCAGCAGGGCCAGAUAUGGAUGUUGCUGUCAGUCUUCCAAAAGCAGAUCUUUCCGGACCAAAGCUAGAAGGUGACAUUAACGUACCUUCAGCAGAUAUCAAAAUUGGUGCUCCUGAUGUAAACAUUGAUGGUUAUGAUGCUAAGGUAAAAGGAUCAGGUUUCGGGAUGCCAUCAUUGAAGAUUUCAGGACCCAAGAUCAGUUCACCUGACUUUGAUCUAAAAGGUGACAUCAAAGCACCUAAAAUAGACAUGAAAGGACCAAAGUUGGAUUUUAAGACACCAGAUGUCAAUUUUGAGGGUGCAAAAGGAAAGCUGAAGAUGCCUGAAAUUAAUGCUUCUGGUACUAAAUUGCAAGGUUCUGAUAUGAAUUUCAGCAUAAAUGCACCAAAGAUAAAAGGUGAUCUUAAGACAUCAGGUUUAGAUGUAAAUCUUGAGACACCUGAUGCGGACAUAAACGCUAAUGGUAAAUUCAAAGGCCCCCAGAUUGCAAUGCCAUCAGCUGAUAUCUCGCAACCUAAAUUGGACCAAGAUUUAAAGAAUCAACAGCUGAAAGGUGAUGUCAAUAUUUCCAGCCCAAAUUUCAAAGGAGACUUUAAAGGACCAGGUGUGGAUAUAAAAGGUCCUAAUAUAGAUAUUGGUGCUGCAGAUAUUGACAUUAAAGGUGGAGAAGGAAAGCUAAAGAUGCCUCAGAUCAACCUUGCAGGACAGAAGAUAAAAGGGGUCUCUGCUCCUGAUUUUGGUAUAAAUGUGAAGGGACCUAAACUAGAAGGAAACCUAGCUGCUGAUCUUUCUGGUCCAAAGAUAGACACUGACAUAAAAUGUCCUAAAGUAGACAUUAAAGGGCCAAAUGUGAAAAUGGAUACACCAGACAUCAACUUUGGUGGUCUAAAAGGAAAAGGUCCCAGUGUUGAUUUUAAUGUACCAAAAACUAAUAUAGGAUUUUCUGAACCAAAGUUUGAGGGAGACAUGAAGGGAGGUGUAAAUGUUGGUGUACCAGAUGUAAGUGCUAAUAUAAAGAGCCCUGCAGUGAAAAUCCCUACAGCUGACGUGAAGUUUGAUGCAAAAGGCCCUACGAUAAAAGCUGAUGUGAAAGGUCCAGAGCUUGAUGUCAAAGCCCCUGACAUAAAUGCAGAUAUUAAAGCAGCAAUGGCUGAUCUUGAUGUUCCAUUGGAUAAAAUGGCAAUACCUAAAUUCAAACAUUCUCAAUUUCAAAUAAAAGGGCCAAGUUUAGAAGGACCACAAAUGACAACGGGAGUCAGUGUUCCAGGUCAGUUAAAUGUUUCAGGUGGACAAGGUGCAAGUGUCAGCAUUAAAGGACCUCAAGCAAGUGUCAAUCUGCCAGAAGGUGAGAUGGAAAGUUCAGGAGUCAAGAUAAAAAAGGGCAAAAUUAAAAUGCCUAAAUUUAAUUUUACUAAGUCUAAAGGGAAAAGUAGUAUUGAAGGAGCAGAAGGUGAAUUCAGUGUAUCUGGACCAAAGGUUGAUAUUAAGGGCUCAAAGGGUAGCCUAGGAUUCAGUGAUGUUGAGAUGGAAGGAGCAGAAAUGGCGGCAUCUGGGAAAGGUUCUGGUCUGGACAUAAGCACUUCCCCAAAAGCCAAGUCAGGCACACUAGAUUUCUCAUUAUUUAAAGGCAAAAAGUCAGAACGUCAUAGAUCAUCAUCUCUGAGUGAUGAGCAUGAACUUUCACCAACUUCCCCCAAGGGCAGAAUAGAAUUUGGAGAAGGGGCAGCAGGGGCAAAAGGCAAAAAGUCAAAGCUGAAAUUUGGAACAUUCGGAGGCUUCGGGGCCAAGUCAAAGGGCUCCUACGAGGUCACUCUUGGUGAAGGUGAGGCAGCAGGAGAGGGCAGUGGAAUAUCUCUAGUUUCCAAAAAGUCCCGCCUGUCCUCCUCGUCCAGCAGCGAGAGUGGAUCCAGAUCAGUAUUCCGCCUUCCCAAGGUAGAACUAAAUGUCAACAAAAACAAAGAAUAAUUCUGUAAAUAGAGCUAAGUCCUUGUAAAUAGAAAUUAACUGCAUUACUUUUAACUGAUAAGCCAAGGCAUGGAGGUCCAAUGCCUAUCUCAUUGGCAGGUCAAAAAUAGGAUGGAAUAUUUAAAAGUGUUGAGCCAUUGUUUUUUUUUACAAUGCAAGGAAUUGAACCAUAGUCAGAUCUGACCUGCAGAUAUUUCAGUACACUUCUGUACCAACUAAUACAACAAACUAAAGUUCCAUUACUACAAGCUGAAAGCAAUAGCCUACUAGCAGAAAAAAACUAUUUUGUUACAUUUUCUAUGUAGUGGUUUAUUAUUUUCAUAUACUGGUAAAAUGGAGGUGUUAAAACAUGUAAUCACUGGUGCUCUCUCUAGCUUAUUUUAUUUGAUGGAAUUACAGCUAAUCUAUGAGAGGUUUUACUGAUUAAUCAUUUGAGCAAGACCAACGUGGAGACAGUUGGAGAGGAAGAGUUUAAGUUGUCUUUAGACAAAUAGAUGCCAUCCUAUCUAUAUAAAGUGUAAUUUGGUAAUGGCCAGAACAGACUCAAUUCGUCCAAUGAUCGGUGCUGUACUGCCAGAGUCCUACAGCAAUAAAGUUCGGCCAGUUUUCUUUCCCUGUAAAUUAACAGGACUGCAAAAACAAAACUCUACUUUGGAUAGCUUAAAUUCUUCUGCUUUGUAAAACGUGUAACUGUUGUCUAUGGAUCUAGUCAGGGCGUGUUUCCACUGUGAAUCUGAAUGUUAAUGCCACCCUCUUCUCAUGUGCCCCCCACCACCCCCCCCCACCCCCCACACACAACCCCACCUCCCCUAAUCUCGUGUUGUUGCUGUUGUAACCUUUUAUCCCUUUCUCCCCAAAGCCACAAAAAGUCAAGUCCCAGGGAAUUUAAUCGAUGCUCAGCCAUGCAUGCAGUUUGGAGUGAACUCCAAGUAUUAAAACGUAUGAAAUACUAAAUUAAAUAUCAAAUUUAGUUGCACUUCAAAUACCCCAACCUCGGUCCUGGCCUUCUCCUCACCAUUUCCCCCUCCCCUCCUGGCAGUACAGCAUGGUUGAUAAAUGCAGUGCCUCGUGUGGAAAUUUCAGGAUGGGUUGGCUGGUCUGAGAUAAGUUCGCUGUGCACACGUAAGGGCAGUCCAGCAAAGCAGCCUGUAAUAUCUGAUAUACUAGCAUUAAAAGGCAGAAUACGAGAGCACUGCAGUAAAGUACCGCCUUAUCCUCAGCUAGCACCAAUACUCCCGGUAACACAGCAAACACUUUCCUGUUUUUUACAAAUUACAAGAAAAUUGUGACUUUGCUUGGUUUUUCUUACCAUUUCUUUGUUCCACUCAAAAGUGUUGUUAAUAGAACUUUUCUUUAUAAUUCUGUCUGCACUUUUACGGCAAACAGUAGACAAUGGGAAUGUAAGACAAGUGUGUACCUUGUAAAAAUCAAAUAAAUUGUUCAUUAUCCUGAA